AUGCGUCACCUCUUUAUUAACAGGGGUUGCAUCAUAUGCCCGACUUUGCACUUCGACAAGGAGAGCCUCGAUUUCGGGACGACGGCCCUCGGUUUCAGUACGAGGCAAGACGUGUAUUUGCACAACCUAGCCCUGAUACCGGUCGCGUUCACCUUAACCGUGCUGAACGACGGGAACGAAGUGGCAUUGACUCACGAGGAGUUCGCGAGAAGUCACACGAAACCAUCCUUCCCGAACAAUCCCCGAGAAUUCGAGGUCUCGCCCGAGGAAGGGGUUGUAGCUUCCAACGAUUCCAUGAGGAUCAAGGUGAUUUACACGGCCAAUAUCGCGCGCGUCGGUCACACGAUGAUCCAAGUCGACAUGUGGGACUCCGGCUCGCACCCCGUCCUGUUGCCGAUCACGUUCUGCGGCAAAGUGACCCCAUUGACGAUCGUUCCCCAGGACAUCACCGUCCGAUUCUGCUUCCUCAAUUAUCCGUAUUCGAGGUCCAUCGACAUUACCAACAAUUCGGACAUUGACGGAUACUUUUACUUCAUACAGCAACAAGUCACGGAGGACGUAACUAUGAUAUGCUCGUUCUCCAAGUAUCAAGGAUACGUGAAAUCUCAUAAAUCGAGUCCAAUCGAUGUCACCAUUAUGAUGAAGGAUUUGGGCAUUUACACAUUAACGUUAAAGUAAA